AUGCAAGCCGUCCCCGAAUCGCGCCAACAAACCUUCGAGGAGAUCUACGGCCCUCCGGAAAACUUCCUCGAGAUAGAAGUACGAAACCCCCAAACGCACGGCACCUCACGCAACAUGUACACCUCGUACGAAAUCGUGUGUCGAACCAACAUCCCAGCGUUCAAACUGAAACAUUCCGUCGUAAGGCGCCGAUACUCCGAUUUCGAGUACUUCCGGGAUAUACUGGAGCGGGAGUCGACGAGGGUGACGAUCCCGCCGCUACCGGGGAAGGUAUUCACGAAUCGGUUCAGUGAUGAUGUGAUUGAGCAUCGGCGGGAGGGGUUGCAGCGGUUUUUGCAGAUUGUGGCGGGGCAUCCGUUGUUGCAGACGGGGAGUAAGGUGUUGGCGAGUUUUGUGCAAGAUCCGAAUUGGGAUCGGAAUGCGUGGUAA